UACAUGUUUUUUUGAGAAAUCUGUUUGAGUGUAUCAAAUUAUUGUGACUCACUCUUAAAAGGUGCAAAAUGGCAGUGAAAAAAAGAAAGUUUUCCGAAGAUUACGUUAAGUUUGGACUUACCUUCAUAGAAAAAGACGAGUUACAAUUUCCUCAGUGUGUGAUAUGUAUGAAAGUUUUAAGUAAUGAUAGCAUGAGGCCCAAUCGCCUUGAAAGGCAUUUGAAGCAACAAUAUCCUACUCUGGUUUUGAAGACGAAAGAGUUUUUUCUUGUAAAGCAGAAUCACUCAAGCGGAUGAGACUGGAUAAAUCGGGAAGUUAUCACACAGGUGUAUCGCAGCAUCUCAAAGCUUCAUUUGAAAUAGCUUUUAUGAUAGCAAAGCAAAAGAAACCUUAUACUAUCGGUGAAGAAUUAAUAAAACCAUGUGUCCUAAAAGCCAUACAGAUAAUUUUAGGAGAAGAUGCAGAGCAAAAAAUGAAGUAUAGUUCUCUUUCUAAUAACACA